GUGUGGGACGAGAUGCGCGGGCGGUGCCUUGGCGUGAACCCGGUCACCUGCGGCUGCCUGCUGGACGCCUGCGUCAAGUGCGGGCACCUCGACAAGGCGAUGCACAUCUUCCAGGAGAUGCGCCUGCAGGGGCUGCACAAGAACACGGUGCUCUACGCCACGCUCAUCAAGGGGCUCGCCAAAGCCCGCGACCUGGCCAGCGCCGUGCAGCUCUACCAGGAGAUGCGCCACGAGCGAGUGCCUUGCAACCUGGUGACCUUCAAUUCGCUCAUGGACGUGUGCGUCCGGUGCGAGGACCUGCAGACGGCGGCGCUGUUCCUGCAGGACAUGAUGCAGAUGGGCAUCGAGCCCGACCUCAUCACUUUCAGCACCCUGAUCAAGGGGUACAGCCACACCGGCGAGGUGCACAAGGCCAUGGCGCUUUCCAGGGAGCUGAAGUCCCGCGGCCUGAAGUGCGAUGAGAUCAUGUACAACAGUCUCAUCGACGGCUGCGCCAAGGCUGGCAAGUUGGAAGAGGGACUCUCCGUCUUCAGCGACAUGCUCCAGUCGCGCGUCCCCCCCUCCAACAUCACGUUCUCGAUCCUGGUGAAGCUGCGCUUCGAGGACGUGGACAAGGAGUAUGGAGAUGACCAGGGUGAGAUGGAGCACAUGGAGCAUGGGAGGUAG